AUGAAGGCUCUGGUGCGCACCCCGGUGCUGCAUCUGCUGAAGUCGGAGUGCAACCCCGGCUACGGUGCGCAGUGGGCUGAGAAGGACAAAUGCCCCCUCAAUGUCUGCUGUUCUAAGCACGGCUUUUGCGGUACUACCAAAGACUUCUGUGGCGACAAGCCGGUCAAACGCCCAACAUGUCCCAAAGACAACGGUGUUUCCCGCGUCAUCGGGUACUAUGAAGGCUGGGUCGGCAAUAGGCCAUGCAAUGUCUUCUGGCCCGAGCAGAUACCAGAUGGUGUUUACACGCACAUCAACUUUGCCUUUGCUACUAUUGAUCCCCAGACCUUCAAAAUUGGCCCGGCGGCUAGCACCGACGUUAACCUGUACAAGCGUCUAAUGCUCCUCAAGAAGCGAGAUCCAGCCCUCAAGAUCUUUGUGGCCGUCGGAGGCUGGACGUUCAACGAUCCGGGUCCUACGCAAUCCACCUUCUCUGAUCUUGCUGCGUCAGAGACCGCCCAGUUCAAUUUUAUGGUGUCGUUGAUCUCUUUCAUGAAUACCUACGGCUUUGACGGAAUAGAUUUGGAUUGGGAAUACCCCGUUGCUGAUGAUAGAUCUGGCCGGCCGGAAGACUUUGAGAAUUUCCCCAAGUUCAUGGGGCGUCUAAAGACUGCGCUGGGUCUUUUCGGCAAGGAACUCUCCAUUACUAUUCCCGCCUCGUAUUGGUAUCUGCAGCAUUUCGAUCUAAAAGCGCUAUCCAAAUCUGUCGACUGGUUCAAUGUCAUGUCUUACGAUCUACAUGGAACCUGGGACAAAGGAAAUAAAUGGACUGGCGCAUAUCUGAAUGCGCAUACGAACUUGACUGAGAUUGAACUUGCUCUCGAUCUUAUCUGGAGGAAUGACAUCGACUCUAACCAGGUCGUCAUGGGGCUAGGCUUCUAUGGCCGCGCCUUUACGGUAACAAACCCGUCAUGUACCGCGCCUGGCUGCACUUAUGAAUCCGGUGCCGAAAUGGGAGAAUGCAGCAGAGAGAUUGGUAUCUUGCUAAACUCGGAAAUUGAUGACCUCGUUCAGAAGCAUGGUGUUACUCCCGUGCUAUAUGAGAAAGAGGCUGUCAAGGUGGCCGCAUGGGGCGACCAAUGGGUAGCCUACGACGACAAGGACACCCUCAAAUUGAAGUCUGAAUAUGCCCAGAGCCGCUGCCUCGGUGGUGUAAUGGUUUGGGCUAUAAGCCACGACACUGAAGACGCUAAGUAUAACAGGGCGCUGGCGGAGGUUGCAAAGCGCGACAUCGUCGACGUGCCGAUCAAGAAUAGUGAUUGGACACAAAGUAUUCCCAUUGCCCAGUGCUCAUGGACAGGCUGCGGCGAAACUUGCCCCUUUGGCUAUGUACAUAUGACCCGCGAAGACCCGGGGAAGCGAGGCAAAGAAUACAUGCUGGAUGAGACUGGCUGCGGCGGGAGCGGCACCCACGCCUUCUGCUGUCCUGCUAGCCAGGUGCUGCCAACGUGCGGGUGGUAUACCCAUAACAAUGGGAAGUGCGACAACAGCUGCCCUUCGGGGACGGUUGAGAUUGGCUCCAACGACAUGUACUGCAAGAAGAAUUACCAGGCCGCGUGCUGCACGACCAACACCCCAAGCAUGAAGCUCUACACCAAGUGUGAAUGGGGGUCGUGGCCUGUCUGCGACACCCAAACCAGCUGCCCGUCGUCCAAGCCCGAUCUUCUGGCUUCUUCCGCGACCGGCACAGGGGGGGCUACAUGUGCCAUGCGGGUUUACCCCUAUCCUCUCAUUUACGCGCCGGGACAGGGCGUCAUAAUCUUCCAGGAACGCAAAUUCUGCUGUGAUGCGUCUGAUGAAAACGAGACGUUUGGCGACUGCAAAUGGUAUACCAGCGAGGGUAGUGCUCCGGAUGGCGCGGUCGACGGCUGGUGCCGCAGCGCUUGUCCCUUGGGCCGUGUCCGAGUGGCCCUCGAUGCGAAAUCUCAGGACUGCCUGGCCACAGGAGGUGCCAGGGCCAGGUGCUGUCAGCCAAAGUACGGCGAAGAGAUCGACUACGAACCUCCGGAGCUGGACUAUUACAGGACGGCUUUGGAAGCCUACCUGCGAAACCCUACCUGCGAGGACCCUUCAGGGCCCUUGAAGUCUAGAGAAGCCCCGGAAGAAGACUUGGCCGGCUUGCUAGAGGCCUCUUCUCUCGCCAAGAGAGCUGAACUACCGGCUGUGGUAGAGACACGAGAGCUCAUCUUGGGGCUUCUUUACUUUACGCACAAGGCAAAUCUACGGGAAGCUCUGACCGAUCUGUGGAAUAGCGAGAUGACGAACCUUUUCCCUCAAAUGCGUCUGCCCUCCUUCCGCGACUUUGUAACAGGGGAGCCCGAUGUCAAGCUCGACGGGCCGAUCAAAGCGGUCAGGGACAUUACGUGCAGUCCCUAUACGUGGAAUGACCGCGCAAAAGGUUCAGGGUCGAGGCUAUUCGAUUGCACAGAUCCCGACUGCAAUCCCGAUACCGGUUGUGAGGAAGGCGAAGCUUCUGUUGCACGCCGGGGCCUUUUAUCCUUGCCAAAUCAGACAGCAGUCGACUUCACGUUGCAGAAGAGAGAUGGCCCUCCGAGGACAUUUAAACUCACCAUCAACUUCCUAGAUGGUACUACGCUAGAUAAUCCAGUUACCCUCCCUGGUCACCCGCAAGCUGGCGAUACAGCAGGACACGCUAUGCGAUCCGAGAUGGUAACGUUCGUCAAUAGGGCCGACUGCGCCAAUUCCCAGCUCACUCACAUCUCGUGGGCGGUUGCUCAACCGGGCUUUUGGAAUGUUGAGCAUGUGUUCGAUGGUAACGUCAUGACCAUGUUCAUCCAAGACGCUGCGCAAGGAAGGCUUCCCAGCGGGGCGGUCUCUCAAGUAGGUGCCAUCCCCAGAGACUUCUUCAUACAGGCGCCGACAAUGCCGCUUCCAAACCCACCACCUCUUCGCGGCGGCGCCAAUCCCAGCGGCCUAUGGGAGAGAGUCAUGGAGUGCCUGGGAAGUAGCCGUAACACGGCCAACUUGAUGCUCGUGCACAGGGAAAUCAACGGACACAAAACUCCGUUGAUGAGGGGCUUGGACGCCAUCGCCGACUCGGUAGCAAAUCACAGGAGGGUCGAAACGGCACCUGUCUCCUUGAUAUCGCGAAUGCGAACGGUGAUUGCAGUGAUCCACUAUUUGAACCACUCCGGGACACCAAAUGCCAAUCAGCGCCUCACUAACGUUGUCAACGACGUGUAUGACCAAUUCCAAUAUGCUCAGACCCAAUAUAACCUGGCCAACCCCGGGUCACCUGCCCGGAUAGCUGAUUUUUGGCGUGAAUGGACAAGAGACUACUUCGGAACCUUCCUCAUCAACAGGGCAAGAUAUAUAUGCAAUCUUUUCAUUCCAGAGAUGAGGAGGAUGUGGGCGUUCAGGACUGGAGAUACGGCUAAUGUAGUGGUUGAAGGCACCGCGAGGUUGAUGGCUGAGUUGGAGGACCUGUUUAUAGACAUCUCCGGGUUCCCCUGA